UUUUGAUGAAUGGACAUCUAAUUAAUGUGUAGACUUUGGCAGAAAGAAGACAAUCAAGAUUACAGGAGAAAGCGAAAUAGAAAGAUAUCUAAAAUUUUUUUUACUUAAAAUUGUCACGAUGAAACCCUGGUUUACCCCCGAAAAUCUACAGAUUGAAUCGAUUCUCUCCGACAAAUUUCGUGUAUAUGUCUUAACAUCAAAGGGCGUUUGAUUAAGCAUGCAGGUGCGUUACUGGCCACGUUUUCGCAACAAAUAUAUAUAUAUAUAUAUAUAUAUAUAUUAAUAGCAGCAAAAUCUCCUAUAAUUAGCAAAGCCAAUCCACAAACCCCGACACUCUUUUACAUUUCCUCUACAAAGACGUAAAACUCAUUUCCUUCUCUUCCUUUUCAUCUUCCUCUACUUAUGGAUCAACUGACGACCCAAACAAGACACAAACUUCCCUUUACUCCUGUAAUAAUCAAGAGAGGACUUUGCUAUGCUCUCUCUUUUUUCGUCAUCUUAAUCUCUUCUAUCAUUGUUUUUAACCUUGGAGACUUUCCAGACCCACUUGCUUUUGUUGGUAAUUUCUUCCCUUGGAAACUAGCGCCAAACCAACGCAGACCACCAUCAGGAGCUUGUGAUUAUUCCUAUGGCAGAUGGGUUCGGGAUGAAAAUUAUCCAAUUCAGAUGUACGAUGAAAACUGCCCGUUUCUUGAUCCUGGUUUUCGGUGUCGUCAGAAUGGAAGAAAAGACGUAGAGUUUCUGAAAUGGAGAUGGCAACCGGAUGGCUGUGAUCUUCUCAGAUUCAAUGCUAGCGACCUUUUGGAAAGGAGUCGAAACGGACGGAUCGUGUUUGCAGGUGAUUCAAUCGGAAGAAACCAAUGGGAGUCCCUGAUAUGCAUGCUGGCUCAGGCAGUUUCCAACAAGUCUACAAUUUUCGAAGAUAAAGGAAGCCCCAUAACGAAACACAAAGGAUUUCUUUCCAUGAAGUUCCAGGAGUACAACCUCACCAUUGAAUACUACAGAGCACCUUUCCUCGUUACCAUCAAUCGCCCACCAAUAGAUUCACCAGCUCAAGUCAAAGUAACCGUUAGGGUAGACGAGUUGCAUUGGUAUUCCGCACGCUGGACGGGAGCAAAUGUUCUAGUCUUCAAUACAGGGCACUGGUGGAAUAAGGAGAAAACCGUUAAGAUGGGCUGCUAUUUUCAGGAAGGAGGGAAAGUGAACAUGACAAUGGAUGUGAUGGAGGGGUUUCGUAGGUCUCUGCAAACAUUGAAGUCAUGGACAACCAAGAAUUUGAACCCGGAAAGGAGCCGUGUUUUUUUUCGCAGUUAUUCACCAGUUCAUUACACGAAUGGCAAAUGGGAUGAUGGGGGCGUGUGUGAUGCAGAAAUAGAACCAGAAAAAAACUACAAAAAGCUUAAAGCUGAGGCAUGGAAUAAUCAAUACAUUACUGAUGUAACCAAAAAAAUGACGUAUGGCAACUGGAAGGUCCAGUUUUUAAACAUUACAUAUCUGACAGCGUUCAGGAAAGAUGGUCACCCGUCAAGGCACCGUGAGCCAGGUACUCUACCUAAUGCUCCACAAGACUGCAGCCAUUGGUGCCUACCUGGGAUACCAGACACAUGGAAUGAACUUCUCUAUGCUCACCUACUGUCAAUGGAAUUUAGAACCAAGUGAUCCCCAAACUGGGAAAAGACCAAAAAAAAAAACAAAAAA